AGUUUAUUGUUUAGAAGAUAGGAGCUCUCGGCGACCACGACGUAUGAGCGAUGGGCAUAGUGGGAUACAAAACAGGAAGCGUACUAAAAAGUUCCGGUUUUCAGUGUUCAAGUGGCGGCUAAGUGCCGGGGUAGGUACUCUGCUGACGAAAACUUGGUUUAAACAUUUCAAGACAUCUACUGUAAUUUUAGAAAAGCAUUCCUAAAGCAACUCCAGUGUAACCAUGGCAACUAUGAGAUCAAUAAAAAAUGUGGCCAAAAACUAUUCACCUGCGCAAGUGAAAGUUCGAGAGGCCACAUCAAAUGACCCCUGGGGUCCAUCGAGCUCUGUCAUGUCAGAAAUUGCUGAUUUGUCGUACAACGUUGUGGCUUUUACAGAAAUAAUGACUUUAUUAUGGAAGCGGUUAAGCGACCACGGCAAAAAUUGGCGCCACGUUUAUAAGUCAUUGGUUGUGCUGGAGUACAUCAUCAAGACGGGGUCUGAACGCGUUGCGCAGCAGUGCAAAGAGAACAUCUUUGCCAUCAAUACAUUGAAGGAUUUUCAGUUUCUGGACCGUGACGGUAAAGACCAGGGAAUGAAUGUAAGAGAAAAGUCGAAGAAUCUUGUUGCACUUUUGAAGGAUGAUGAGAGACUUAAGUCUGAGAGGACGCGUGCCCUGAAGGCAAAAGAGCGUUUUGCGCAGUCUUCACAAGGUAUCGGUAGUGACACAAAACCGAGUGUAGCUGGAACAGAGUCUAGUAGCAGCUCAUCACCAACAUCAAACGGAGCAGGAGAUAGUCAUACCAGGCCGGCUCACUCGGAGAUCGAGCAAGCACGCCCGGCAACUGCAGGAGAAGAAGACCUUCAGCUACAACUCGCGCUAGCCAUGUCACGAGAGGAGGCAGAACAACAAACCAAACAGACACGCAGUGAUGACAUUCGGUUGCAGAUGGCCCUCAACGAGAGUCUAGAAGAGACCAAAACACAGCCUACACAGCCUACACAGCCUACGCUUCUAAACCUGGCUGAGCCAGCUCCAGCACCGGUUAAGCCAGAUCCAUGGGGAAUGCCAACAACUGGAACAACUGCAGUUGCAAGUGAUCCGUGGGGAGCACCACCUGCACCUAGCUCACAGCAUGCCAUAGAACCAUGGGGAGCUACAUCGAAGCCAGCUAUGCCUGAUCCCUGGGCAGUACCAGCACCAGCACCAGCUAAACCAAAUGUAGCAGCCAAUGAUCCCUGGAGCAAAACACCUGCACCUGUGCCUAUUCAAAAUGAUCCAUGGGGUAUGGUUACACCUGCAGCAGCUACCCAAUCAUCUUCUGUUCCACCUGGAAGUCAGGUUGAUUGGGGAUUUAACAGCACUCCAACUGCAAGUGAUCCUGAUCAUGAGUUUGACCUUUUGAGGUCGAAUACUGUACCACAAGCACAACCUGUAGGGGCUUUUGAUAUGAGUCUUUUAAAUGAUGCUGUUCCUCAACCACAGCAAAUGUUGAACCCAUCCAAAUCCUCUGUAGCCAAGACCCAGAAGAAGCCAGAAGACUUUCUGGGAGAGAAUUCAAGUCUUGUGAACUUGGACUCAUUAAUAGUAGGUAAAACUGAGAGGUCAAACCCAACAGCGGAAGUCAGAAACCCAUUUGUGUUUGGUGCAGCUCCAUCUGUGGCAGCCCCUGUUAGUAACCCCUUUCAACAACAACAGGCCCCUAGACCAACACUUAACCAGAUGAGAGCUCAACCAAUGAUGACUGCACCUGCACCUGCCUUUGGAAUGCCACAACAACCAGUGAUGAUGGGUGCCUCAACCGGCCUGCCACCUCCAUUAAUACCAAUGGGCCAGCCUUCAAUGCAGAUGCAACCUACCAACCAAGCAACUAAUCCUUUUUUGCUUUAACAGUGCUCUGCAAGUUUAAUUGAAUUUCAUGUCACAUUUAUAGGCAGUAUAAUUGGUAUGUAAUGUCAGCAGAAUGGACAUUGAUAAUUGAUAAGUAUAAACACAUGGUUAAUUAAACAAUUUAUUCUAUGUACCUGUAUAAAUAAGACCAGCAUUAUAUUGUAAGAAUUGCAUCAUUUUUUUAUGAAAGUGUACUAUCACCAUGUCGGAUAUGGUACACAAAGGCUUUCAUUAAAACAUUGGUUGGGAAAAAGAUUAAAAAGAAACAUGGUUCUGAAUAUUUUGUUAAUUUUAUUUGAAUUUAGGCACUGGUAAAAACUAGUUACCACUGGUGGAAACCAUUUGGAAGGCUUAUUAACAAAAAUCAGGUGUACUUAAGAAAUUAAAAAAUUGAAAUCCAAAAUAUGUCAGGCAAACAAUUUUCAAGACUUACUGUUGAAUGAUAGAUUAAAGGAACAAUUUAUUUAAUGGAAUCAUGCUAAUUAGGUGGUAAUUAAUUUUGUUGUUAGUCUGGAAAUAUAUUAUAUUUGUGUUUCAUUAACAUCACCAGCAUCAGUAAAAAUUAUUGUAGCUAUAAGAUUGUAUUCAUCAAUUCCCUGAAUACCGCAUAUGAGAAGAAACUGUUUGAGAAAAAUAUAAAUAUAAGAUUUUUAUAUAAACAUGAUCUUGAGUGAAUUUAUCGUACAAUUUUCAAUAUUAAAAUGGCUUCUUGUAACUGAUUUUAUUAAUUGUCUACUUUGUGGAAGUUGUUAUAAAUUUCUGUUACAUUAGAUGGUGUGUGUAUGAUAAGUUUUUAUGUGAAUAUGCAUUAUUCCCCAUAAAAUAGUCUGCCAAUGAAAUUGAACUGCAUUUUCAUCUAGUAGUUUUCUAAACAAUGGUUAGUUGCUAUAGUGAUGUUGUCCCAUUUCAGUAAAAUUGUUAUAUCACAUUAUUAUUUUUAUAAAUGUAAAAAUAAAUGUUAUAUCAGCUUGUGUUUUGUUGUGGAUGUUUUAUGGUAGUGGAUUAUUUUACAAUUAUAUUCAAUAUUUAAAUAGUUCCGAUGCCACUAAUAUGUUAAUAUAAUAUAAUGUGGCAUAGUUUUAGCUAUGUAUUACAUGCUUCACAAAGGGACAGUUCAUUUUUCCUGUGCUAUUUAUUAGUACUUUAUUACUAUCACUCUGCUAUAUAUGUAAUUGUUUAAUCUUCUAUUUGUAGAAGUAUGUUAGGCCUGGUUCAUUUGAGUACGUGUAUUCCCUAUUAAUAGAAUUAAUAAGUACAACUAA